AUGUUUUCCCGCGGCCUAAGGUCAAUAACCACCAUCACCCCACCUUGCUCGUCCUCGUCUCUUCGUCCCCUCUCCUCCAUCCUCAAUUGCAACCAGCCUUCUUUCUUGUCUCUUCGCAAAUUCUCCAACUCCACCGCCGCUAUGUCUGCUGAUACCAAGGCUUUCUUCGACGUCCAGUACGCCCCUGUGGGCUCUAGCACCCCCAAGACUGGCCGCAUCGUCUUCAACCUCUUCGACAGCGUCGUCCCCAAGACCGCCCGCAACUUCCGUGAGCUCUGCCAGGCUCCCCAGGGCCAGGGUUACAAGGGCUCUUCUUUCCACCGUAUCAUCCCCCAGUUCAUGCUCCAGGGUGGUGACUUUACCCGCGGCAACGGCACCGGUGGCAAGUCUAUCUACGGUGAGAAGUUCGCCGACGAGAACUUCCAGCUCAAGCACACCAAGCCUGGUAUCCUCUCCAUGGCCAACGCUGGUCCCAACACCAACGGCUCUCAGUUCUUCAUCACCACCGUUGUGACCUCUUGGUUGGACGGCAAGCACGUCGUUUUCGGUGAGGUCGCUGACGAAGAGUCGUACAAGAUCGUCAAGGAGAUUGAGGCUGUUGGCAGCAGCACCGGCUCUGUCCGCUCUGCUGUCAAGCCCACCAUUGUCGACGCUGGUGCUCUGUAA